AUGACCACCACUUCACCCUGCAUCAAGAGCAACAUUUUCAAUCCAUGUGAUACAACGGUCCCCACGUCGUUUCUACUAUCUCCCACUUCCGUUGCGCACCGGAUUCAGAUGCUGGACCGUAAAACGGGAAGACAUGCACCAGGAAAUACGAUUCGAGACCAAUGGGUGGCCAACUUACAAAACAAGCGGAUGGCCGCUGCUGCAAAAACUGGUGAUCCGGUAGGCAGCAGAAAUCGAUUAUCAGGAACAACCACGAGCAAUACAGGUGACAGCAACAGCAGAAGCGGUUUUGCAACAAAGAGUAGUUGUAGUCGCAGUGCAGUAUCACGAGUAGCUGCAACGAGCAGGAAUGCUGCACAGUCCAGCGCAAUCGCCCAUGAACAGAGUCUGAAUACUCGCCAAAUUACUGCGUACCCUUCAAGCCUGAAUGUAGACAGUCAGAUUGCAAUGAGCGAUGCCGAUGCCAUAACACUUGAACAAUCGACCAUGCUGUUUAAUGAAAUGGGCGGUUUUGAACUCGAUUCACCUACGCUUUCGCGGCUCAUUUCAUCGCCGACUACGAUCACGAAGACAUCGAAGGGCUGGAUGAAAAGAGGGACCAAAAAAGUCGGAUCGAAUAAGCGAACGACACACUACCUGGCGCUUCAUUCCGACCAGUCAAACAGUCACACACCCUGCCGUAAACGGAACUGCGGGUCUGUCAAGUCCGACAUCUUCGAUUUUGACUACUACAGCAUGGUCUCGAACGCUUCCAAUGUUGAAACACCAGCCAAUAUUAGCGUGGACGCUUCUUGCGCGAAUACUCGGUAUCUUUGGGACCAGGAUCUUGACUUCAGCGGUGCAGGAGGAUACGCUGACACAUUCCUCGACUCACCUACACCCGAGCUUGCUGAGACGCCGCUUGUUCCGACAUCACAGUGGUCGAAUGUCAGCAGCACCACUAGUACCAGCAGCAAGCAAUCAAAUGACGAAGCAGAUGCGGCGUCGAGGUUUGACCAUCUGCAAUCAUUUCACACCAGCAGUAUUGAGCAAAAAGGAUUCAACCAGUUUUUUGAGCAGAACAACUUGGAUGGUACGGACGACGGCCACGACGACGAACUGCACCAGCUUGCAACAACACCUCUUGUUUGUGUCCGCAAGUCUCCGUUGUCUGAAAGUUCUUGCUUCACCCCAGCCACCACGGCCGCUACUGAGUGCUGUGGAGACAAACCAGCGACGUUGUCUUCGUCAUGGCAGAUGUCGUCGCCGUCUCCGAUCAGUACUUCAUCUCGGCCCGAUGCGUCUACGACGCAAUGUCGUUUGACUCUUUGUGACCAAAAGUACCCACCUGAGUUUGAAACCUUGAUGGGUGAAUAUAAUAUUACGGACAUCGAUCAUGAGCUCGAUGGGUUUUACCUGGACACCAUGGAGGUCAUCGAAAAUGGUCUUGACUGA